AUGGAUGCCUCCAGCAACACUGCGGCUAUUACUCAAGCAGCACUUCAAGAUGUCACACGAUUUCUUGACAGAACAGAAGAGAAUCUGAGAAGUUUGGCGGUGAAUCCUUACAUCAACACUAAACAUGACGAAGAAGCAGUGCUUUUAUCCGGAAAUAUUUCUUCAAUGACUCAGGGAGUAGAAGACAACAUUCCCAUGCAUGUACGAAUACCACAUCGAUGUGCAGUGAGCAAAGAAUACUGCUCAAGGCCGCCACGGCGGCAGCUAGAUUGGAUCAUUUCAACGAAUCCUUUGCAUGUACAGCCUAUAACCGCUACUGAGUUAGGCAGCGACUUCAGAGGUGACCUUAGAGGCGCACCGUCACCAGCGCCGUCAUCAGUGGUGGAGGAAAAUGGUGUAACUGCCACUGGGUUGGAAAGCGAGUCUGUAGGCGCCAUUGGAGAGCCGAGAAUUUUUGACAAAAGCACUGGAAAAUGGCGUCAUCGAAACUUAGGAAAAAAGAAAAGCAAGAACGUGUUGUUAGAACCGUUACCAGCGCCGUCACUAACAGUGGAAGAAAACAGCAAGCAAACUACAGGUUUAACUAGUAACUCGAAUGAAUUUCGUUUACCCAACAGUUCUCAAAAUGAAGAGUUAGGAAUGAAGAAGAGAGAUGUAACUCCGCCAAGCUCGAGAGAUCCCAUGAAUCAAAGUCUGUUUGUUUCUAACCAGUACAAAACCGACGUUGAGGCUGAUCUGUUGAAAACCGCGCAGGAACUAGAGCAAAUUGGUCUCAAGGCUCUGUCGGAGAUAGAAUUGUCAAAAACAGCAUGGAGAGAGAAAGUAAAUGUUGGACUCGGAUCGCAUGCCAAGGUGGUAGAUGUAUCCACCGCUUCUUCCGAGAGUAUCGGUGGAAAAGAAAGGCUCAACACGGCACAACCUCUCACCGCCCCAAAUUCUCUUGCUUCAGAAAUGCAAAUGCAACAAGCGCAAACUCCUUCUAAAAAGCGACUGAGAAGACCAUCCCUCGCUGAAGUCGAAAUUCCAAAAGAUUUGAAUAGUGAUGACUUUGUUAGUCCAAAAUCAAGCAAAAUAUCCGACUUAACGCAGACUAGUCUUCUUACCUCUCAUGCCGAUGAUGAGGAGAGCAAAAAGACUAAGAUGAGAAAAUCUGACAUCAAAAGCGACAAUACUCCACAUCGUCGUCGAAGGCUUCCUCACCCAUUUCGAAGCGAUGUCAGCAUGCUGGCAAAUAAGAUGAGGUUGAAAGCACGCCUUCGCAUGCGGGCCAAAGCUGCUCGGAUUAGGGAGCGAAAACGACUUUCAAGAGCAGCAAAUGAUGCCGAUGAAUGUUGUUGCUCUCCGCAGCUUACACCACUUCGAAAUAUCUUAGAUGACAGAAAUCGUAUAAUACAACUGGAACCUUUGAAAGCACCAAUAUCGGUUGAUUCCUCGAGAACUAUAACACGCUGCGAUGAACAGAUAAAUCUCACACAGAUUCUGCGUAUUUAUGGCUCGGGAAAUGUGGAAGAACCUUAUGACGUUAUGCCUCAAAGGCUUGCAAGGACGCCUAUUCGUGGGGCGCUCGCGGAUGUUUUGUGCGGCACCAACAUGAUUGAGAUAAGGCUAAUAAAUACUGCAAUACAUUCAGCAAGACGUGGUCAAGUGAACAACUGGAUCUUUACCCAUGAUGAAGAUGUGCACACAAUACCGAUAGUUUUCGCUAAAACAGUCCUUGUACAAGAUCAUCCUCCUGCGCCUUUCUGCUUGUCUGUUACGUCUCCAUUCUGGGUUAGCAUUUAUCAAGAGCAAGUGGCUUCAAGCAAAGGUGGAGAACGAUUUCGCGAUUGUGUAGAAGUUCGCAGCUGUAAAGGAAGUGAUAUGCCGUGUUUUGAAAUGUCACCUCUUCAAAGCGAAGUCCAUCCAUUAUUCAAAGAACGCAUUUAUCUUGGCAAAGGUGUUAUUCGUAUUGAACGAAAUGUUGAUUUACCAUCAGAACGAGAGUCAAGCGAAUGGUUCUCGAAUUCCACUCGUAUAUCUGCACAACGUCAAUAUCGAAUUCAACUGCCUUGGCGCCAAAGAGAAGGACAACCCGAAACGGGCAUACCAAGAGCACCACAACUGGCAGAAAUUCGUACAACUAUCCAUCCUCACAUAUGCAUUCCAAAUGAACAACAAAAUAAGCCGUAUAAAAAGACGAGGCCGCAAAAAGCAAGAACAACGUCAUCUAGUGCAGUGACGAGUCCAAUCACGAGCACUUCUUCGUAUUUCAAUGACAAAGCAUCAAACAGUCUCUCGGAAGCAUGGUCGGCGCCAAAGAAGAAGGAUUUUUCUUACAUGAAUGAGCACUCAAUAGCGAACCAAAAAGGAUAUAAGGAGCCUCCGGUACUCAAAUCUCCGCAAGAUUUGUACUCAGGAGCAGUGAGAUCAAAGAAAUCACUACAGAUGACAGAUAAACUUUCCAAAGGAGAUACAUUACCCAUUUCUCCCACACAAGAGUCAUUGGAUCAAGUGUCAAGUGAUCUGCUUAGCUCACCUACACAAGAUUCAAUAGAGGAAUUUUCAGAAACAACUUACACCGGUGAAAAGGCUGGAGAAGCGACCACUUCGCCCAUGAGCACUGAUACUUCUGCAGGUACAACUAGCUCACUAGGAUUAUUCGAAUAUGGUGUAGAACUCGAGGGCAGUCAAAACGAUAUCGUAACCGCAAUAGCUUUACCGCCAGUCUUAUUACACAUUCGCCGACGAAAAGGUGAUCCGCUCAGAAAUACUGGUAGUGUCAGCUACAAGUACGCAAUUUCUAAGAAAAAAAGCAAGAGCAGUAAACUGCAUUCUCGUUCAUCCAGUGCGAGAAGGUCAAACAUUGAGUCUGAGAACAAAAGGCAUUUAGCAGAUGAGUUAGCAGAUAAUCUCUAUGCUGGCGAUGUUGUUGUUCAUGAGAAACUUGCAGACAAUACAUUGAAGCUACAACUGCACAUUACAAGUAAAAUCAAGGAUGUAAAUAAAGAAGAAGAGGAUGCACGAUUUCUGCCAGAUAGGAUCACCGUGCAAGGAAAAGAUGUUUGGAGUGGCAUAUAAUAUUUCGACGUUUGUUACCACAAAAAGAAACGUUUCCCUUUGACAACCUUUUGCACCGCAUCUGUACAAACUCUGUAUGACUUCCCUCUAAUCGCGGGGUUAUGAACUAUGUAUGUAUAAGUUGAAGA